UCAAACCCUAAAUUCCACACACAGUUUGUUGAUUUAUAGGGUUUAUUAUACCAAAAACCUCUUUGAAUUCUGUUUUUUAUUUCGAUUGAUUUUUCUGUUUCGAUUGAUUUUUUUCUGUUUCGAUUGAUUUUGUAGUUGAUUAAGAUGGCGAAUAUCAACCAUAGAAAACGACGUCGUGUUGAAGAAGAGAGUGUUCUUACAAUAACCGAAGAAGAAUUAGGUGUUUACCAGCCGAAAACAAAGGAAACUGAAGCUGCAUAUGAAACAAUGCUUAGUAUCAUCCAGCAACAGUUAGGUGGUCAACCUAUGAGUAUUGUUACUGCUGCUGCACAUGAGAUUCUAGCUCUUCUUAACCAUAAUAAGAAUCACGACAACAACAAGAAGAAGAAAGAUAUUGAGAAGCUGUUGAAUCCCAUCUCGAAUGCGGUUUUCCAUCAGUUGGUUUCUGUUGCGACGGUUAUAACGGAUUUCGACAAUGCAGAUGGUGACGCUGAAGAUGUCGUCAAUGUUGGUGUAUCGGUUGAGUUUGAUGAUAAUGAUGAUGAUGAAGAGAGUGAAGUUGAUGUUAUGCAAGAAGAAGAAGAAGAAUAUGAUGGGAAUGCGGUUAUGCGAAUGGAUGAUGGAGUUUCAGAAGAAGUUAACGAGGGAAUGUGGUGGCUUGAUGUACAGGACAUCGAUGCGUAUUGGCUUCAGAGGAAGAUUUCCGAGGCUUAUGAACGGCGGAUUGAUCCGCAAGAGAGCCAGAAGCUUGCGGAAGAGGUGUUAAAGAUUCUCGAAGAAGUUAAUGAUGAUGACCUUGAAGUUGAAACUAAGUUACUGGUGUGUCUCGAGUUUGAUAAGUUUAGUCUUGUGAAGUACCUUUUAAGGAACCGUGUGAAGAUUGUGUGGUGUACGCGGUUAGCUAGAGCCGAAGAUCAAGAACAGAGGAAACAGAUUGAAGAAAGGAUGAGGGAUCUAGGGCCUGAUUUGGUUGCAUUGUUGGAACAGUUGCAUGGCACAAGAGCGACUGCAAUUAAAAGACGGUUGAAGGAAGACCGAGAUCAAAGGGAACUUGUUGAUCGUGAUGCUGAAAACGCUUGGUUAAACAGUCAACGAGAGUUGGUUGAUCUCGAGAGCAUUUCGUUUCACCAAGGUGGUCUUUUAAUGGCGAAUAAAAAGUGUGAGCUUCCUUCAGGGUCAUAUAGGACCAACGGUAAAGGAUACGAAGAAUUUCACGUACCAGCAUUGAAGCGCAAACCGCUUGCUUCUGAUGAAAAGCUUGUAAAUAUUUCAGCGAUGCCAAAUUGGGCGCAAAUGGCUUUCGAGGGAAUGACUGCAUUAAACAGGGUUCAGAGUAAAGUUUACGAGACUGCGUUAUUCAAAUCCGACAAUAUAUUACUGUGUGCGCCCACUGGAGCCGGGAAGACCAAUGUUGCUAUGCUCACCAUUCUUCAACAGAUCGGUUUGCAUAUGAAUGAAGAUGGUUCGUUUAACCACAGUGAUUACAAGAUAGUCUAUGUGGCACCAAUGAAAGCUCUGGUGGCUGAAGUGGUAGGGAAUUUGUCUAACCGUUUGAAGCGCUAUGGUGUCACGGUGAUGGAGUUGAGUGGCGACCAGACUUUGACCAGACAACAGAUCGACGAAACGCAAAUCAUCGUCACGACUCCUGAGAAGUGGGAUAUUAUAACUAGAAAAUCAGGAGACGUUACUUAUACACGACUCGUAAAGCUUAUAGUUAUUGAUGAAAUACAUCUCUUGCAUGAUAACCGAGGGCCUGUACUUGAAAGUAUUGUUGCAAGGACCGUUAGACAAAUUGAGACAACAAAGGAACAUAUUCGGUUGGUUGGGCUAUCUGCCACCCUUCCGAACUAUGAUGACGUGGCGUUGUUUUUGCGAGUUGACUUAAAGAAAGGUCUCUUUUAUUUUGACAAUAGUUACAGACCAUGCCCGCUUGCUCAGCAGUAUAUUGGAAUCACCGUAAAGAAGCCCUUGCAGAGGUUUCAAUUGAUGAAUGAUAUUUGUUAUGAAAAGGUAAUCAGUGUGGCGGGAAAGCAUCAGGUGCUUAUAUUUGUGCAUUCAAGGAACGAAACAACAAAGACUGCACGUGCUAUAAGAGACACUGCUCUUGCUAACAACACGUUAGGGAUCUUUUUGAAAGACGAUAGUGCAAGCCGUGAGAUUCUUCGUGAACAUACCGCGCUUGUGAAAAACAAUGAUCUUAAGGAUCUUUUGCCUUAUGGUUUAGCGAUUCAUAAUGCAGGAAUGACUAGGGCUGACCGUGAAUUGGUUGAGUUGUUAUUUGCUAAUGGACACAUUCAAGUACUGGUUUCAACUGCCACUCUGGCAUGGGGUGUGAACUUGCCGGCCCACACUGUGAUUAUCAAAGGAACACAGAUUUAUAAUCCGGAAAAAGGAGCAUGGACCGAGCUUAGCCCGCUGGAUGUUAUGCAGAUGUUGGGUCGUGCAGGGCGACCGCAAUAUGAUACCUGUGGUGAAGGAAUUAUUAUAACCGGACAUAGCGAGCUGCAGUAUUAUCUUUCGCUAAUAAAUCAACAGCUUCCAAUCGAAAGUCAAUUUGUUUCCAAGCUGGCUGAUCAACUGAAUGCAGAAAUUGUUCUAGGAACUGUUCAAAAUGCAAAAGAAGCCGUCAAUUGGCUUAGUUACACGUAUUUGUACAUACGUAUGGUGCGGAACCCUACACUUUAUGGUUUAUCUCCUGAUGCUUUGAAGACGGAUCGGUUACUUGAAGCUAGAAGAGCUGAUCUGGUUCAUUCUGCAGCCACAAUACUUGACAAAAACAACCUGGUGAAGUACGAUAGAAAAAGCGGUUAUUUUCAAGCGACUGAUUUGGGUCGAAUUGCAAGUUACUAUUACAUAACUCACGGAACGGUUGCCACGUACAAUGAGCAUUUGAAGCCUGCUAUGAGUGAUAUUGAGCUAUACAGAUUGUUUUCACUGAGUGAGGAGUUCAAAUACGUGACAGUAAGACGGGAUGAAAAAAUGGAACUUGUAAAGCUUUCGGAUCGUGUUCCUAUUCCCAUCGUUGAAAGCUUAGAAGAACCCAGUGCAAAGAUCAAUGUGUUACUUCAAGCAUAUAUUUCUCAGCUGAAGCUUGAAGGACACUCUUUGACUUCUGACAUGGUCUUCAUAACUCAGAGUGCGGGACGGCUGAUGCGCGCUCUUUUUGAGAUUGUAUUGAAAAGAGGUUGGGCCGAGUUAGCCGAGAAAGCCUUAAACAUGUGCAAAAUGGUAAGUAAGAGGAUCUGGAGUGUACAAACGCCUCUACGCCAAUUUCACUGGAUUAAAAACGAUGUAUUAAUGAAACUGGAGAAAAAAGAUUUAGCAUGGGAAAGAUAUUAUGAUCUGUCAUCACAGGAGCUAGGAGAGCUCGUUCAUGCUCGAACAUUAGGACGAGACCUUCACAAAUGCAUUCACCGAUUCCCAAAACUUAUCCUAGCAGCACAUGUUCAACCAAUCACCCGAAGCAUCUUAAGAGUUGAACUCACUAUCACUCCAGAUUUUCAGUGGGAAGACGGUAUUCAUGGCUAUGUUGAACCGUUUUGGGUGAUUGUAGAAGAUAAUGACAGGGAUGCAAUUCUUCAUAGCGAGUAUUUCCUGCUGAAAAAACAGUAUAUCGAUGAAGACCACACUUUAAACUUCACUCUACCGAUAUACGAACCUUUGCCACCUCAGUACUUUAUUAAGGCUGUCUCAGACAAAUGGCUCGGGUCAACAUCGGUUUUACCUGUUUCAUUCUCUCACUUAAUCUUACCUGAAAAGUACCCACCACCAACCGAAUUACUAGACUUGCAGCCACUUCCUGUAACCGCAUUGAGAAACCCGUUAUAUGAAGCCCUUUAUCCAGAAUUCACACACUUCAAUCCUGUUCAAACUCAAGUUUUCACAGUGUUGUACAAUACUGAUGACGAUGCGUUGAUUGCUGCACCGGCUGGAAGUGGGAAAACUAUAUGUGCUGAAUUUUCUGUUUUACGAAAUCAUCAGAAAGGGCCCGAUAACGUCAUGCGUGCCGUUUAUAUUGCCCCUGUUGAAGCACUUGCUAAGAAGAGAUCUAACGAAUGGAAAAAGAAAUUUGGGGACGGGCUCGGGUUGAGAGUUUGUGAGUUGACCGGGGAAACCACGACUGAUUUGAAGUUACUUGAAAAAGGGCAGGUGAUAAUCAGCACUCCGGAUAAGUGGGAUGCGUUAUCGCGUCGUUGGAAACAACACAAACAUGUUCGACAAGUAAGUCUUUUUAUUGUUGAUCAGUUGCAUCUUGUUGGGGGGCAAAAUGGUCCUGUUUUGGAGGUUAUUGUAUCCAGGAUGAGGUACAUUGCAAGCCAGGGUCAUAAUAUACGGAUAGUGGCGUUAUCGACUUCAGUUGCAAAUGCUAAAGAUUUGGGUGAAUGGAUGGGUGCAACGUCACACGGUAUUUUCAAUUUCUCGCCGGGUGUUCGGCCCAAUCCUCUCGAGAUUCAUAUUCAAGGCACAGAUAUAGCUAAUUUCGAAACUCGGAUGCAAGCAAUGAGCAAACAGACUUACACUACUAUUGUACGACAUGCUAAUAAUAAAAACCCCGCCAUUGUGUUUGUUCCUACAAGGAAACACACCCGCCUGACAGCUGUCGAUCUGAUGACAUACUCGAUUGCCGAAAGUAAUUAUCAGGGCGAGAAGAUAGAUAAUAAGCAUUUGUUCUUACUUCAAUCUGAAAACGAGUUGGGCCCGUUUAUUGAUCGAAUCCAGGAACCCGUGUUGAAGGAGACUUUGAAAUAUGGGGUGGGGUAUCUACAUGAGGGUGUCGCUCCCACUGACCAAGAAAUAGUUAAGACACUGUUUGAAACUGGUUGCAUUCAAGUAUGUGUAAUUAGUGGUGCUAUGUGUUGGGGGGUCUCGCUUCGGGCACACUUAGUGGUUGUUAUGGGCACACAGUAUUACGAUUGUCGGGAAACGGCCCACACUGACUACCCGAUCACCGAUCUUCUUCAAAUGAUGGGCCACACAAGCCGGCCACUUGUCGAUAAUUGUGGGAAGUGUGUUAUUUUUUGUCAUGGCCCGCGCGAAAAAUACUACAAAAAGUUUUUGUUUGAACCGUUUCCAGUUGAAAGUCAUUUGCAGCAUCACCUACAUGAUAAUUUGAAUGCUGAGGUGGUUGUUAAAGUGGUUGCAAACAAACAAGACGCUGUUGAUUAUCUGACGUGGACGUUUAUGUACCGUAGACUCACCCAUAACCCGAACUACUACAAUCUGCAAGGUGCAAGUCAAAGGCAUAUACAGGAACAUCUAUCGGAGCUUGUGGAGAACACGUUGAAUGAUUUGGAAUCGAGUAAAUGUGUUUUAAUCAAUGAUGAUUUUUACCUUUCGCCUCUUAAUCUUGGUUUGAUUGCUUCAUAUUAUUACAUUAGUUACACAACAAUCGAACGGUUUAGUUCUUUGAUUUCCAGUAAGACAAAGUUGAAGGGUCUUUUGGAGAUUUUAGCUGCAGCAUCUGAGUAUGAGACGCUCCCGGUUCGACCCGGUGAAGAGGUAUUGAUCCGUAGGUUAAUCAACCAUCAACGGUUUUCGUUUGAAAACGUGAAAUAUGGGGACCCACAUGUCAAGGCUUACGUGCUGCUGCAAGCUCAUUUUUCAAGGCAGUUGGUAGGUGGAAAUCUCGGCUCUGACCAGCGAGAAGUGGUUUUAUCUGCUGGUAGGUUGCUGCAGGCUAUGGUUGAUGUUAUCGCAAGCAACGGGUGGCUUAAUUUAGCUCUUCUUGCAAUGGAAGUUAGCCAAAUGUUGACACAAGGAAUGUGGGAACGGGAUUCGGUUCUGUUGCAGCUGCCUCAUUUCACUAAAGAAUUAGCCAAACGGUGUCAAGAAAACCCAGGGAGAACUGUCGAGACGGUUUUUGAUUUGGUUGAAAUGGAAGAUGACGAAAGGCGGGAGUUAUUACAGAUGUCGGAUACUCACUUGAUGGAUAUCGCAAAGUUUUGCAACCGUUAUCCCGAUAUUGAACUGUCAUAUCAAGUGUUGGAUAGUGAUAAUGUUAAGGCUGGGGAGGAUUUUACUCUAGUGGUGACACUUGAACGGGAUCUUGAGGGUACGACCGAUGUGGGGCUAGUGGAUGCCCCGAGAUACCCAAAAGCGAAAGAAGAGGGAUGGUGGGUUGUUGUUGGGGAUACCGAAAGUAAUGAGGUGCUUGCGAACAGGAGAGUUUACUUGCAGAGGAAGUCAAGGGUGGAACUUGAUAAUAUAACUGCUCCAAGUGAACCGGGGGAGAAAAGGUUGACCCUGUAUUUGAUGUGUGAUUCUUACGUGGGAUGUGACCAGGAGUAUAGCUUCGCUGUCGAUGUUAAACCGGCAGCCCCUUAGGAUGACAGCGAAGAGAAUGAUUUGCAAGUAGUAUGUAUUUAUGGGCGGCUCAACGUUUUUGGAAGUCGAACACUAGUUUAUCUUACAAUUUGUCUUCUUUUUUUGUUUAUGCAGUUUUUGCAACCAACUUUGAAUAGUUGAAUGAUUUUGAUGCCA